ACUGCUGACAAGAUUCAAGCUCCGCUCAUACGUGAACGCAACCUCUCCGACAGCGGAUACGAUACACCAACACCUAUUCAAAUGCAAUCCAUACCCAUAAUGCUACAUCACCGAGAAAUAAUGGGCUGCGCUCCUACAGGAUCAGGGAAGACCCUGGCAUACGUCCUUCCUAUUCUGCAUGAUCUCAAGGGUCCCGCAAAGGAAGGCAUUCGUGCUGCCAUCAUAUGUCCAACUCGAGAACUCGCCACUCAAAUCUUCCGAGAGAUGAAGAAGCUGUCAAAAGGGAAACCGUUCAAGAUCUGCGUUCUCACCAAGUUGUCAAACUCUAGCGACAACGAACAAAUAUCUGCUUCCUUUGCGUCUUUUGACAUAUUGAUCAGCACUCCCUUGAGGCUCGUUCAUGCAAUCCAACAUCAGGGGUUGAAACUCGAUAAAGUGAAGCAUUUGGUAUUGGACGAGGCGGACAAGCUGUUGGAAUUGGGAUUUUUGGAACAGAUCGAUGAGGUUCUUGCCAGCUGCAAGGAUGAAGGGGUGUACAAGAGCCUCUUCAGCGCGACGAUACCAUCAGGUGUUGAAGCCCUUGCAAAGACGUUCAUGAAAGAUCCUAUAAGGGUCGUGAUAGGACAAAAGAAUGCUGCCACGGAAACCAUCACACAAAAGCUCCUUUACGUCGGCCAGGAGGAAGGCAAGCUAAUAGCUAUUCGACAACUCGUUCAACAAGGACUUAAGCCACCGGUGUUAAUCUUUGUCCAAUCGAUCGAGCGAGCGAAAGAGCUGUUCCACGAGCUUGUGUACGAUGGCAUCAAUGUUGAUGUGAUUCAUUCUGAUCGAACAAAACUGCAACGUGAUACUAUCGUCCAAAAUUUUCGUUCAGGAAAAAUAUGGGUGCUCAUUGCAACCGAGCUGAUGGCGCGUGGUAUAGAUUUCAAGGGCGUGAACUUGGUCAUCAACUAUGAUUUCCCUCAAAGUGUUGCGUCGUAUAUCCAUCGAAUUGGACGAACGGGUCGUGCGGGACGAGGUGGCGAAGCGGUGACUUAUUUUACAAAGGAAGACGCACCAUAUUUGAAGAGUGUUGUAAAUGUGAUGAGGGAUUCGGGGUGCGACGUUCCGGAAUGGAUGCUGACCAUGAAGAAUCCCAGCAAAAAUGUGAAAAAGAAUUUGAAGCGCAAACCUGUUGAUAGAGAUGCCAUCAAGACUGUUUCAAAAUUCGAUGAGAAGAAGGCAAAAAAGAAGCGGGAAAUGGUGGAAGCUUCAAAGAAACGAAAGCAACGAAAUGAAUCGAAACCGAAGGCUUCAGAUGAGGCCACCGAUACCUGACGGAACACUGAUGCCCAUCCGCUGAGAUGAUAAUAUAUAUUGGAGUAAGCAAUGUACAUAAUUACAACUAGGCCACGUUAAUAAGCAGACGAAUACUUGACUAGACUAGUUGUCUUCAUGUCUCUCGCUCUUCGC